UCUCGACGCCAGCGCGCCACGUGACCGCGCACCAAGUCGAUCGUCAACGCCAACCCUUUCGUGCACCCCAUGUAAGCGAAUGAUUUUAGUGUGGUGUAUGAACGAUAAGUUACGAUAAGCGUGAGGAUCACGCUAGUUUCCUAUUUUACGAUUCCUACGAGACUGAAUAGAGCAUAUAAAACGCGAAAUAAAGAGAGAGGAUGGCGCUGAGACGGCUGUGAGAAUCAUCAAUUGCGAAGCGAUUGAGGAAAAGGAGACGAGGAAAAAAGAAAGAAGAAUGCGCGUUGUAAUAUCAAUCUCCCCGGUCGCAUGCUGGUAAGCGCGACACUCGAUCAGUAUCAUUUCACGCGAUGCAAUCCAUCUAUUGGACCGGACGGCUGCUGUCGCGUGCACUCUGGAACGGCAUCGCGAGCUACAGCACCUCGUGCAGCUCCGAUCAGCAACCGAACGCGGUCGUCGCGAGCAGCAGCAGGCGCCGCGAAGCCUCGCUCAUCUCCGCCGUGUGCGGCUUCCCGAAGGAACUUGUCCGAAGUCGAAUACGCAAGGGUCAAUUCGGCGACGACGCCUGGUUCACCGCCAAAUUCAGGACGGCCGAAGUUAUAGGUGUAGCUGAUGGUGUUGGAGGAUGGCGACACUAUGGAAUUGAUCCAGGAGAGUUUUCGAAUUUCUUGAUGAGAACUUGUGAGAGGCUAGUCUCUAUGGGUAAAUUCAGACCUACAGAACCAGCCGGCUUAUUAGCACGUAGUUAUUACGAAUUAUUAGAAAAUAAACAACCAAUAUUAGGUAGCAGCACAGCAUGUGUUAUAGUUCUCAAUAAAGAGACAAGCAGCAUUUAUGCAGCUAAUAUAGGAGAUAGCGGCUUUGUAGUCGUGCGAAGGGGAGAAGUGGUGCAUCGCUCUUCGGAGCAACAACAUUAUUUCAACACUCCCUUCCAAUUGUCACUUCCACCUCCAGGACACUCUAAUAUGGUACUUCGCGAUAGUCCAGAAUCUGCUGACACUUCGAGUUUCGGUGUCGAGGAUGGCGACGUGAUUCUCUUAGCAACCGACGGGGUAUUCGACAAUGUGCCUGAUCAGUUGUUAGUCACCGAGAUGCAGAAAAUCGAAGGCGAGAGGGAUCCGACAAAAAUACAAUGCGUCGCUAACACGAUAGCAUGGAUGGCGCGUCGUUUGGCUUUUGACGACGCCUUCAUGUCUCCGUUUGCUCAAAGUGCUCGAGAAAAUGGGAUUGAUGCAAUAGGUGGUAAACCGGACGAUAUUACGGUGCUUUUAGCAACGGUGGCGAUAUGAUAAAA